AUGGGUCUUCUAAACAUUUUACUAGAAGAGAUCUCGUUCUUUUCUACCCUCCUCCUCCUAAGUAUACCCGUUCUCCUUGUGGUUUUGAAGAACUUCCUACGAAAAAGUAGUUCAUACUCACUUCCACCAGGGCCACGUCCAUGGCCUGUCAUAGGAAACAUCCACCAAAUGGGAAAUAUGCCUCAUGUUACAUUGAGUAACUUAGCCAAAGUGCACGGUCCGCUUAUGUCAUUACGCCUCGGUGGCCAACUCCUCAUUGUUGGAUCAUCUCCAACUGCUGCAAUGGAAAUUUUGAAGACCCAUGAUCGUGUAUUAUCAGGCCGCUACGUUGUGCAUGCAGUUCCAAUUAAAAGUCCAGAACUCAAUCACUUAUCACUAGUGUUUGCAAGCAAAUGCACGAAACCAUGGAAGUACCUAAGGACAAUUUGUCGCCAAGAGUUUCUCACUCCCAAAGCAUUAGAUUCUCAAACUAAGUUGAGGGAGAAGAAGUUGAUGGAGAUGGUGGAGUUUUUGGGUAAAAAAGGAGGGAAAGCAGUGAAUGUUGGGGAAAUAGUGUUUGCAACUUCUUUAAAUAUUUUAGGCAACAUUAUUUUCUCAAGGGAUUUCGUAGAUUUACAGGGGAGGGGUAUGGGUGGGGAGAUGAAAGAACUCAUAAUAAGAAUUCUAGAGUUGAUUUCUUUGCCUAAUAUAUCAGAUUUUUAUCCCAUCGUAAGUCGAUGGGAUGUUCAAGGCAUACAAGAGAAGACCCAUGAGGCCUUUAGGAGUGUGUUUAGAAUUUGGGAUGAUAUUAUUAAAGAAAGAAGAGAACAGAUUAAAGAGUCAAGACCAAGAGAUUUUUUGGAUGCCUUGCUUGAUAUUGGAUUCAACAACGAUCAGAUCAAUCAAUUUAUCAUGGAAAUGUUUAUUGGUGGAAGUGAAACUACUAGUGAGACAAUAGUGUGGGCAAUGGCAGAGCUAAUAAAAAAUCAAGAAUCCAUGCAAAUGCUUCGCAAAGAGCUCGCAAAUGAGAUUGGUGGGGAAAUUGUGACAGAUUCUCAUUUACCAAACCUGCCCUAUUUACAAGCCUGUAUCAAAGAGACAAUGAGAUUGCACCCUGUAGCGCCCUUAAUCGUACCUCACCAAGCCUUGGAAACCUGCAAGGUUAUGGAUUAUAAUGUGCCCAAGGACUCUCAGGAAGGAGAAUCUGCCCAGGGCUGCCCCUAGCUGCAAGGAAAGUUCCUUUAUUUGUUGCAACGUUGGUGCACUCGUUCCAUUGGUAUCUUCCAGGAAACAUGGAUGCGGCCAAACUUGACAUGCGUGAGAAGUUUUCUACAGUGUUGCGGAGAGAACAACCUUUACACC